GGCGGGCACCUUAGUCCUGUAGGCUACGGCGGCUGAGUGGACGGAGGCUGCCGGCCGCUACGCCGACGCAGGCCAGGUGGAGGGAGAGGUCGCCAGUGCACACCCGCCAGCCAUGAAGCCCCCCGCAGCCUGUGCAGGAGACGCCCUGGACGUGGCCGCACCGUGCUCGGCCGUGAACUACCUCCGGUGGGACCUGAGUGCCCAGCAAAUCGGGGAGCUCACCACCGAGCUCAUCGAGGAGACCAAGCGCGUGUACGACCGUGUGGGCUCCCAGGAGCUCCAGGACGUGUCCUACGAGAACACGCUCAAGGCGCUGGCCGACGUGGAGGUGUCCUACACAGUUCAGAGGAACAUCCUUGACUUCCCCCAGCACGUCUCCCCGUCCAAGGACAUCCGGACAGCCAGCACGGAGGCGGACAAGAAGCUGUCCGAGUUCGACGUGGAGAUGAGCAUGAGGCAGGACGUGUACCAGAGGAUCGUCUGGCUGCAGGAGAAGGUCCAGAGUGACUCGCUGAGGCCAGAGGCGUCGCGGUACCUGGAGCGGCUGAUAAGGCUGGGCAGGAGGAACGGGCUCCACCUGCCCGCGGAGACGCAGGAGAAAAUCAAGAGCAUCAAGAAGAAGCUGAGUCUCCUGUGCAUCGACUUCAACAAGAACCUGAAUGAGGACACGACCUUCCUGCCCUUCACGCGCGAGGAGCUGGGAGGGCUCCCUGAGGAUUUCCUGAACUCGCUGGAGAAGACCGAGGACGAGAAGUUGAAGGUCACCCUCAAGUACCCGCACUACUUCCCCCUCCUGAAGAAAUGCCACGUGCCCGAGACCAGGAGGAAGGUGGAGGAGGCCUUCAACUGUCGGUGCAAGCGGGAGAACUGCGCGAUCCUUGGGGAGCUGGUGAGCCUGCGGGCCCAGAAGUCCCGCCUGCUGGGGUUCAGCACGCAUGCCGACUACGUGCUGGAGAUGAACAUGGCCAAGACCAGCCAGGUGGUGGCCACUUUCCUAGAUGAGCUGGCCCAGAAGCUGAAGCCCCUCGGGGAACAGGAGCGGGCCGUGAUCCUGGAGCUAAAGAAGGCCGAGUGCCAGAGGCGGGGCCUGCACUUUGACGGGCGCAUCAACGCCUGGGACAUGCGCUACUACAUGAACCAGGUGGAGGAGACGCGCUACCGCGUGGACCAGAACCUGCUCAAGGAGUACUUCCCCAUGCAGGUGGUCACGCGCGGGCUACUGGGCAUCUACCAGGAGCUGCUGGGGCUGACCUUCGACCUGGAGGAGGGCGCCACCGUGUGGCACGAAGACGUGACGCUCUACACGGUCCGGGACACGGCCUCGGGCGAGGUCAUCGGCAAGUUCUACCUGGACCUCUACCCUCGGGAAGGGAAGUACGGGCAUGCGGCCUGCUUCGGCCUGCAGCCGGGCUGCCUGCGGCAGGACGGGAGCCGCCAGAUCGCCAUCGCGGCCAUGGUGGCCAACUUCACCAAGCCCACGCCCGACGCACCCUCCCUGCUGCAGCACGAUGAGGUGGAGACCUACUUCCACGAGUUUGGGCACGUGAUGCACCAGCUCUGCUCUCAGGCCGAGUUCGCCAUGUUCAGUGGGACACACGUGGAGCGGGACUUCGUGGAGGCACCUUCGCAGAUGCUGGAGAACUGGGUGUGGGAGGUGGAGCCGCUGCUCAGGAUGUCCCAGCACUACCGCACAGGCAGCGCCGUCCCCCAGGAGCUGCUGGACAAACUCAUCAAGUCCCGGCAGGCCAACACAGGCCUCUUCAACCUGCGCCAAAUCGUCCUGGCCAAGGUGGACCAGGCCCUGCACACGCAGACGGCCGCAGACCCGGCCGAGGAGUAUGCCCGCCUCUCCCAGGAGAUCCUCGGGGUCCCAGCCACGCCAGGGACCAACAUGCCUGCGACCUUCGGCCACCUGGCAGGCGGCUACGACGCCCAGUACUAUGGCUACCUGUGGAGCGAGGUGUACUCCGCGGACAUGUUCCACACACGCUUCAAGCAGGAGGGCGUCCUGAGUGGCAAGGUGAGAGCCCGGCCUGCCGCACAGACCAAGACGGCGGUCCUCGGCCUGGGCCUAGAUGCCUGUGCCACCCGCCUGGGCCUGCCCAGCCCUGAGGGCCCUGCCCUGAACCUCCUGCUCCCCUGCCCUUUGUUCAGCCACAGCAGAGGUGGCCACACCCACACCCCCAGAUCCCCUCCCUUGGAUGCUGAUGGCCCCUGGAGCCAGGGGAGGGGGUACUCCACCCUCCUGCAGCCCCGCCCCUUCUCAGCAGGUGGGCAUGGACUACAGAAGCUGCAUCCUGAGGCCCGGCGGCUCUGAGGACGCCAGCGUCAUGUUAAGGCUCUUCCUGGGUCGGGACCCCAAGCAGGACGCCUUCCUCCUGAGCAAAGGGCUGCAGGUUGAGGGCUGCGAGCCAC